AUGUUCUUCGGCUCUCCCGGAUCGCAAAUCGAGAUCGACAGGGCCGACUCCACGUGGACCUGGCGCGAUCCACGCACUAUCGAUUCCCCUCGACAAUCCCUACCCUCGACGGUGAACGCUUGGCCGAUCCCAUCUGGACCUCAAGGCAUUCAGGCGAACCGGUCAUCGCGACGAUGGACUUCACUUAAACGCGAUCAACCCCAGGGCCGCGAUUUCGAGGUCUCCAGACGGAUUUCAGCACUCAUCGCCGCCAUGCGCCUCGAAGCCUUCACAUUGCACAGCGCUCUGCUGGGCACUGCUACCGCCGCAGCCGCAGCCUUCAACUCGCAGGCUCAGACUCAGGCUCAGGCCAUCGACCGCGACGUGGUGAUCCUCGGCGGCGGCGCAACAGGCACAUACGCAGCCGUGCAGCUGCGCGAGCAAGGCCACACCGUCGCGCUCGUCGAGCAGAAGAGCAGACUCGGCGGGCACGCCGAGACGCUCUUCCUACCGGACGGGAAAUACGUCAACUACGGCGUGGAGGGGUACUUCAACAACGAAGUCACAAAGGAUUUCUUCGCGCAGCUGGACGUCGACUACGAGGCUCUCCUCCCGGCCACGCUUCUAACGCAGCACGUCAACUUUCGCACGGGUGAGCGCGCCCUGCCCGGCAGCGAGCUGCUGACGACUGCCGCCGCGGCUCUGCUGUACCGCGGCGCAAUCGAGCAGUUCGAUUUCCUGGCCGCGGGAGUUAUUGAUCUGCCGUCUGAAGUUCCCGAGAUCCUGCUCCGGCCGUUCCGCGAGUUCGUUGAUGAGUAUGCGCUCUGGGGCGCUGUUGAUCUUGUCUUCACCUUCACUGAGAACGUGGGCAAUAUCCUCGACAGGCCGACCCUCUAUGUUAUCCAGGACUUCGGCAUCCCGCAUAUCGACGCCCUCCUGGACGGCGGGUACAUCCGGCCGAAGAACGGGGUGACUGUGCUCUUCGACAAGGCGGCAAACUACAUCGACCCGCAGAACAUCUUCUACGAUAGCGCGGCGAUAGACACCACCCGCUCGGAGGACAGCGUGGAAGUCCUGAUCGAGAACAGCAAGACUGGAAGCCAAACUCUCAUCCGCGCCAAAAGACUCCUCGUCGCCUUCCCGCCCGUCCUCGACAAACUAUAUGGCUUCGACCUCUCCGCCGACGAAUCCUCCCUCUUCGCCAAAUGGACCUACAUGAAUUACUACGCCGCUGUGCUAACCAACACCCCCGUCCCCGAUAACUUCAACAUCCUCAACACAGACCCCUCAAACCAGCCGGGCGCUCUGCCCACCACGCCCUUCAACUGGGCGCUCGAGUACUCCGGGGUCCCGGGGUACUUCAUGAACAAGAUCGUCGGCGAGGCGAAUCUCACGGAGGCCGAGGCGAGGGCGUUGGUAAUCGAUGACGUUAAGCGGAUGAGUGAGGCGGGCACGUUUAAGAUGGAGGACGGGGAGGAGCCGACGAUCGCGGCGUUUGCGUCGCAUGCGCCGGAGACGCUGAUGGUUUCGACGGAGGAUGUUGCGGGGGCAAAGGAGCACGUUUUAUACGGGGUAUGCGUGGUGCACGGAUUAUUCGACGGUGUUAUUGUUAAGGGGUUGUAG